AUGAAGUAGCUAAUGGUUUUCUCCGUAAAAAUUCUCAAAGAAACUAGAUGAAGGUUCAUUACCAAUUAGAUCUCAUUCUGAAAUUGCAAUUGUUGGUGCUGGACUUGCUGGUAUUGCAGCUGCUGUUAAAACAAUGAAUUCAUUAAAUGAGCAUGAUAUUCAAUAAUUUGAAAGAUAUGAUAAUUUUGGUGGUACUUGGUAUGCAAAUACUUAUCCAUGUUGUGCUUGUGAUGUUCCUGCCGUAUGGUAUUCAUUGUCGUUUGCAUUAAAUUCAAAUUGGAGUACAGUUCAACCACCACAAUAUGAAAUUGAAGAGUAUAUUUUAAAAGUUACUGAACAUCAUAAAUUAAAAGAUAAAACUAAAUUUAAAACUUCAAUUGAAAAAUAUGUUUAUGAUGAUGUUAAAAAUGAAUGGAUUAUAUAUGGUCAUGAAGUUAAUGGAAGAUCUAUAAUUCAUAGAGCAAAAUUUUUAUUAGCUUGUCAAGCUGAAAUUGUUUAUCCAAAUCAUUUAAGAGCUGAAGGGUUGGAAGAUUUUCAUGGUUCAUAUAUUCAUUCUGCAUUAUGGGAUCAUUCCGUUGAUUUUAAAAGUAAAGAUGUUGUUGUUGUUGGUAAUGGAAGUUCAGGAAAUCAAUGUGUACCAGCAUUAUUAAAAGAUUAUGAAGUCAAUUCAUUGACUCAGGUUAUUAGGUCGAAGCAUUAUAUAAUACAACCAUUCCCUACUAUUUUUCAUUCAUUAUACAAUUUAUUAUCAUGGAGUUAUAUUGGAAUUUAUUUAGUUAGAUUGAUUUAG